UGCCCGCUGAGAAGUGAACGAGUACGAGGUAAUACGGCUGACUUGCCACACUCGCGCUGGUUUCACCGUGAAGUUAAAGCCUACCGUGCGGCUUGCUCUCCUCCCCGUGAGAAAACGUUCUUAGGUUUUCAAAGGAAACACACUUUUACUCACAUGUUUGACGACAACAACAUUUUUAAAUUUAUUUUAUUUUUUUGGACACAACUCCAAUCGGAUAUGACUCUAACGGUCGACACAACCUGCAGCGACUUCCCGUCAGAUUCAGAGUGUGCGCUUGACGACGGAUUAACGCUUUGAAAGACAUUUUCGGACAAAGGAGAGGAGACUUGCUGAAUGAAACUUUGCCCCAUUUCACCCGGAGGGCUGAAAGAAGCACCUAUGGGUGUCGUGUUCGUUUAAAUUUUCAAAAUAACCGAGUGUUGACUGCCGCCGCGGACCGCUGCUUGCUGCCGCUGGAUGGGACGCGGAUAAAGAAGAAAUGUUUGGUCACCUCAAGUUCCAGGCUGAGAGGUUAGCAACGAUGUCAGGGGUCGCUCGUUUUGGAAAAUGAUUACUGGCAGCACCGACGGUAAAAUAAUGGUCAGAAGAUGUCUAGUAACGUUCAAACCGUUCAGGAUAUUCGUGGUGGGAAUAGGCUUCUUCAGCCUCUGCUUUCUAAUGACCUCUCUUGGGGGGCAGUUCUCGGCCAAGAGACUGGGGGACUCCCCCUUCACCAUCCGCACAGAAGUGCUGGGAGGCGUGGAGUCACGUGGUGUGCUGAGGAAGAUCAGUGACAUGCUUGAGGUUAUUCUGAAGAGGAUGGACAGUCUGUCCAAACUCGACAACACCUCCACCACCGACGCGCGGCGCCUGGAUGAGCUCAGCUCUGCAAUCAACAGGAUUCAACCAGCCGGCCUGGUGGAGAGGAUCCAAGCUAUAGCCCAGAACGUUUCCAACAUGGCCAUCAGGGUGGAGCAGAUACUGCAAAACAGUAUGGUGCAAGGAAGAGUACUGAGAGACGGAACCUCAAACCAGUGUGAAGUACCAAGAGACCCCCGCUUUCCAGAGUGUCCAGGGAAAGUAGAUUGGAUGCGUGCACGCUGGACAUCAGACCCUUGCUAUGCCUUCUACGGUGUCGACGGAUCAGACUGCUCCUUUCUCAUCUACCUGAGUGAGGUGGAGUGGUUCUGCCCGCCACUGUCCUGGAGGAACCACAGCAGCCCUCCAACCCAGCAUGUACAGGAGGCAAAGCCCCCAAAGAGACAGGCUGCCUUCCGCACAGACCUCACUGUGCUGCUGGACCAGGUUGGGACAGGAAAGGAGUCCCUUAGCUUCAUGAAGCGCCGGAUUCGCCGUCUAGCACAGCAGUGGGCAACAGCUGCCAACCGCCUGGACGCCAAGCUGGAACAACGGUGGAGGGACCAGAAGAAGAUUUUGGUCCAUGUGGGCUUCCUGACAGAAGAGUCUGGAGAUGUUUUCAGCCCCAAAGUGCUGAAGGGGGGUCCUCUGGGAGAGAUGGUCCAGUGGGCUGACAUCCUCACUGCACUCCAUGUUUUGGGACAUAACCUCAAAAUCUCCAUGUCUGUGAAGGAGCUACAGGGGUUCCUCGGUGUGCCCCCAGGAAGAGGCAGUUGCCCACUGACCGGCCCGUUGCCCUUUGACCUCAUCUACACCGACUACCAUGGCCUGCAACAGAUGAAGCAGCACAUGGGGCUCUCACUCAAGAAACACAAAUGUCACAUCCGUGUGAUUGACACAUUUGGGACGGAGCCAGCUUACAAUCAUGAGGAAUAUGCAACACUGCACGGCUACCGGACCAACUGGGGCUACUGGAACCUCAAUGCACGGCAGUACAUGACCAUGUUCCCUCACACGCCAGACAACUCAUUCAUGGGCUUCGUUUCGGAGGAGCUGAAUGAGACGGAAAAGAGGAGCAUCCAGCAGAACAAAGUCAACAACAUGGCUGUAGUGUAUGGGAAAGAGGCCAGCAUGUGGAAGCUUCAGCAGGGUAAGGAAGGGUUCCUGCAGAUUCUCCACAGGUACAUGGAGGUCCAUGGCACAGUGUAUUAUGAGACCCAGAGGCCCCCGGAGGUCCCCGCCUUCGUGAAGAACCACGGCCUGCUGCCCCAGCAUGAGCUGCAGCAACUGCUGCGAAAGGCCAAGCUCUUCAUUGGCUUUGGUUUCCCCUACGAAGGGCCAGCCCCUCUGGAGGCGAUAGCCAAUGGCUGCAUCUUCCUGCAGCCCAAGUUCAACCCACCUCACAGCUCACUCAAUCAUGAGUUCUUCAGAGGGAAGCCCACUUCCAGAGAGGUGUCCUCCCAGCACCCAUAUGCAGAGCAGUACAUCGGCAGACCUCACGUCAUGACGGUGGACUACAACAACUCCCUGGAGUUUGACUCUGCCAUCAGGGAAAUCAUGAGAACCAAGGUUGAGCCGUACCUGCCUUACGAGUACACCUGUGAGGGAAUGCUGGAGAGAGUCCACUCCUACAUCCAGCACCAGGACUUCUGCACACCAGAGCCUCCCUUCAUCCCAGCCAACCUCUCCAGACAGGGCUCUGCUGGUGGCAGCAGGGUUACGGGACCUCUGUUUGUGCCCCUGCCCAAUUCCACAGCCGUCGGCUGGGCCACCAAUGUGACAGCUCCCUCCGCCUGGCCUCCUCUCAGCUCCCUCAGGCUGCUUGUAUCUCAAGAGGGCCAGUCCUGUGUGGAGGCGUGCCAGUCUGCGGGUUUCAUAUGUGAGCCCGCUCACUUCCGCUUCAUCAACAACAAGGAAGCCCUGCACGGGUUAGAGGUGCAGUGUGAGGUUGUGGACUCAGAGAUCAACCACAUCCUUCCAGCCUUCUCGGUGGUGCGGCGGGAGUGCGGCCUCCAGCGGGAACCCCUUCUCUUCAGCUGUGCCGGACACUCCCCCAAAUACAGACGCCUUUGCCCCUGCAGGGACUUCCGCCGCGGCCAGGUGGCGCUGUGCAGAGACUGUCUACAAUGACGAGACAGGAGACUUAGAUGCAGAUUGCCGAGGGGGAAACUGCACCCACAGGUCAGAACAAGUACAGAGCUGUGGUAAAUUUAGGCAGCCUCUCCUCCAAAAACAGUAAAUGUAGGAUGACGAGGAACAUGCAUGGAUUUGAAGAGCUGGAGGAAGGCCUGAGUGGUCUGGUUGACUGUAUUUUUUAAAACAGCUUUCAAAAUUGCUGGCGAUAAAAGGCAGUAAGACUUAGAGCAGGGCUCCAAUGAUACCAGGUGUCAUCAAGAACAGGGCAAAGGCCUUUGUUAGCAACACACUUUCACAUAAACCCUCUGACUACAGGAUAAUAGUUUCUACAAGAUGUUGACCAGUGAUAUGAAACACAACAUGUAAUUUCUGGAGCUGCAUCUCACCAAAAAUUAGGGUUUUUAGUUGGAAAAUAUACAUGUGAAGAAGCGUGUGACUGCAGAGAAACUCGACUUUAGUGUCAUUCCGUGACAGAGACUUCAAAUAUCUCGGGUUGGUGAAGGCAACCUCGGGUCAAUAUCUAAUCUCCUCUCUGCACUUGGACAAAGGAUGAUGGACAACCAGGUUAUCUGCCCUGCUUUUUCUCCCCUCCUCCAAUGAUGGGCAGAGUCAUUUAUCAGACUGAACCCCAAGUCUGAGGCAACAUCGGUCAAUGCAAUCAUCUCUGGUCGCAAAAAAAUACAGGAGGAGGAGGACAGAGGACAAAGAUAAAGGGUGCAAGAUUAUUUUUCAAUAAAUAAGCCUCUAGAGCUCUCAACUGGAUUUUUAAAGAGUCCUUUGGGCUUUAUGAUGGAAAAACAAAUCAUAAAAUAAAAAAGUCAGAUCAAAGUGUU